GUUGCCGCAGGGGCGCUGUGGGGACGGACCGGGCGGGCGCAGCGCCGCCAUGGCCGCCCGAGUUCUGAACGUGAACGUGGGAGUGCUGGGCCACAUCGACAGCGGGAAGACGGCGCUGGCGCGGGCGCUCAGCACCACCGGCUCUACCGCCGCCUUCGACCGGGCGCCGCAGAGCCGCGCGCGGGGCAUCACGCUGGACCUGGGCUUCUCCUGCCUGCGCACCGCGCUGCCGCCGCAGCUGGGCCCGGGGCCCGGCGAGCUCCAGUUCACACUGGUCGACUGCCCGGGGCACGCCUCCCUCAUCCGCACCAUCAUCGGCGGUGCCCAGAUUAUCGAUUUAAUGAUGCUUGUGAUAGAUGUGACAAAAGGGAUGCAGACACAGUCAGCAGAGUGCUUGGUAAUUGGGCAAAUUGCCUGCCAGAAGAUGGUGGUAGUUCUGAACAAAAUAGAUCUCCUUCCAGAGGGGAAGAGACAGAGUGCCAUUGAGAAGAUGACUAAGAAAAUGCAGAAGACCUUGGAAAAUACCAAAUUCUCUGGGUGUCCCAUUGUUGCUGUCGCAGCAAAGCCUGGUGGACCGGAAGCCCCGGAGUCUGAGAAUCCACUGGGUGUUUCUGAAUUAAUUGAGGUCUUGAAGUCUCAGGCUUACCUGCCAUCAAGAGACCCCUCAGGACACUUCCUUAUGGCAGUUGACCACUGUUUCUCUAUCAAGGGUCAAGGCACAGUGAUGACAGGGACUAUUCUUUCUGGCUCUGUUAGCCUCGGUGACAAUGUGGAGAUUCCUGCCCUGAAGGUGACAAAAAGGGUCAAGUCCAUGCAGAUGUUCCAUACUCCUGUGACUUAUGCAAUGCAGGGUGACAGAGUAGGUGUCUGCGUGACCCAGUUUGAUCCCAAACUGCUGGAACGAGGCCUGAUCUGCACCCCAGAUUCACUUCACACCAUCCACGCUGCCAUAAUUUCCUUGAAGAAAAUUCAGUAUUUUCGAGGAGCUCUUCAGACUAAAGCCAAGUUCCACAUCACAGUUGGUCAUGAAACAGUUAUGGGAAGAGUGAUGUUUUUCAGUCCAGCCCCUGCUAACUUCAAUGAAGAAAUUCAAGAAAAUGUUUUUGAUUUUGAAAAAGAUUAUCUUUAUCAGGAGGAAUAUUUGUCCAAGGACUCAGUUUCUUCAGAGGAGAACAAAGAAAAUGACCACUCAGGAGAAGUCCAGCUCCCAAAACAACAGUGGGCUUUGCUGGAGUUUGAAAAACCAGUCACUUGUCCUAAACUGUGCCUUGUGAUCGGCUCUAAGCUGGAUACAGAUAUUCAUGCCAACACCUGCAGGCUGGCAUUCCACGGGGUACUGCUCCAAGGCAUGGAAGACAAGAACUACACAGAGACUUUCCUUCCAAAGCUGAAAGUGUAUAAACAGAAGCACAAAGAAGGACAAGUGGAAAGGGUGAUGGAUGAUUACAGUGUGAUUGGUCGUUCAUUGUUUAAAAAGGAAACAAACAUCCAGAUUUUUGUGGGUCUGAAAGUGAAACUGUCUACAGGAGAAGAUGGAAUAAUAGAUGGUGGUUUUGGACAAAGUGGUAAAUUUAAAAUCCGCAUUCCAGAUGGGCUGAAGCCAGAUACCAAGAUGCUGCUAACUGCUGCCUCCAAGAAGAAAUCUAAGGGAGGGAAGGGGGAUGUGACCAAAGAGGAUGAAAGCAGCAAGAAUGAUUCAGCCCAACCUGUUACUAUCUCUCUUAUCUUUAAAAGAUAUGUUUUUGACACACAGAAGAAAAUGAUUCAAUCCUGAGGAAGCAAGAGAGGCCUCUGAUUACACCUCAGAGUCCAGACCCUGAAAUGCAUUGAGUGGGAAUGUGUUUCCUGUCCAAACACAUUAGACCUGUUACUUCCUCACAAACAGAACCUGGAAGCUUGUGCUGACUGUGCCCCCUUCCAAAAUCUCUGCAAUCUCAUAUUGUUCUGUUCAAAUUUGCUUGUUUUGUCAUCUCUGUGAUGUGCAUCUUUAUGGCAUCUCAGAGAAUUUCACCUGCCAGAUGAACACACUUGGGUGUACAUUCUAAUUGCACUGUUUUCCUGGGUAAUUGUGUUAAAGUUUCUCUUGAUUUAGAAGUUUGCCACCAAUAUUAAUCUAAAUCAAGUCAAGAUGUGAAUUUCAUAUGACCUACAAAGUGAAGCUGAUUAUUCUAGGCUUACUUCCUUGAGCAAAGUGGGAGACAGAAAGCACACUAUUUAAUAGGUGAAACCUAAAAUGGAUGUUUCACAUUCCUUCAGCUGGAACUUUGUAAGAUGCUAUCUGAGAGAUGGUAUGGAUGUUUUUUAUAAAUAUGAUUUGUAUCUAGAAAUGUUUUUCAUAUUAAACAUAAUGAUCUGUGCAGCUGAGUCUUAAUUGUUUGCUGUUCCAAAGGUUCAAAAUUUAUCUUCAGUAACAUUUUAUGUAACUUUUCUGAUUUUCCUGCCUGUUCUGCAAUGAAUCCUAUUCCAAAACUGUUUUCUUUUUCCUUUUUUUUUUUUUUUGUUUUUUGUUUGGUUUGGUUUGGGUUUUUUUUUGUAACCAAAAUGCCUUUAGUAUGUGAAAGAAAAAGUUGCCUCUGGAAAUAGUCAAGGGCUUUAUUUCAUUAAAAUAAUGAUAGAAGAUUGCUGUAUAAGCCUUGUAAAAUGAGUGUCUCCAAGACGCUUUAGAAACCAUUAGUUUUUAAUAGGGAUUUCAUGGCUGCUUUAGCUCUUUCUCUCAAUUUCAUAAAAAGGAAAGCACUGGUAAUAUCCCUACCUUGUUGCAUACAAAGUAUAGGACACCUUAACGUGAAAACAAACAGCAGUUCCACAGAUAUGAAAGCUGCAGUCUGGAACAGAAAUUGGACUUGGCAGCAUGGCAAAUGUCAAUUCCUACCUUUUGAACAAAAAGAGUACCUGCUUGUUGAUGCUAAAUAGCAGCCUCUGACCCAUUUGCUGAAGUCAGCUAUAGAUGGUGACCGUAUGUAUAAUGUAAAUGCAUUAGUUGCACAUGGAGGUAAAUAAUUGCUACAUUCAUUCUUAUUAAUCAUAUUAUUAUAUCCCUUGAUAGGUACGAGUCCAUCAUGUUAACAUGAUCCUGAUUUUUUUGGUAUUCUCCUUUUAAUUUCUAGGUAGCCAAAGUGGCUACAAAUGGCAAAGCUAUCGGCUACUGAGAGGAUAUUUACAGCUGGACAGUUGUGAGACAGGGCAAGCCUGUCUAAACUGGGCUGAUGGUCCCCCUUUAAAUCAGAACAGAAUUAGUGCUUUAUGUAAUAAUCCCAAACAGUUUCUGCUGAGUGAGUCCCAGCAAAGCUUUAGCACAUCCCUUAAGAUUAUGGGGUAUGCUUUCAGUGUGAUCCCAGAGGAAUUAGGCAGGCAACUUCAGCUAUUGGCUUAACGUAACUUGUGCUGCCAGCCUUGCUGCUAAAUGUGUCCUUCUGUAAUGGAAAAAAUGCAUUUCACACCCCUGUCACCUUUCCUUCCCCAUUUCUCUAUUCCUCCCAAACACCCCCAAAAGCAAUCUUUGGAGAGAAUAUUCAUAAUGUUAUCUUUCUUUUAAGCCUUUAUCAAAUCCUAUUUUGUACUCUGCACUGUUAUAUCUGCCUAAGAUACUGCAGUCAUGGAACACAGAGAAACAGAUCACAUUGAAGGAACAGUGUUACUGUCAUCCCAAGUUAGUGUAAGAAUUACAGGUAUAGAAAAAACUAAUUAAAUACUGCUAAUUAUUAAGGAACUAAUACUUGUAUCUGUAUAGUUCUAGUGUCCUUGCCAAAUUUUAAAUGGGUUGCUAAUUUGGAGUAUUGGAAAGAAAAGGGGAGUGAUCAGGAAAGGUGUUUCCAGAUUUGUUAUCCUUGUACAUACAGGGUUUUGUCUUUCUCAUUUCUAAGACACUUUUGAGUAGUUCUGGAGAGGAGGUUGUCAGUGUAAAUGGGGGUUAUGUAUUUUCACAAAAGCCUAUCUGAUGAAUGUUUUCUCCCCCACACCAUGGAUUGCCCUUAACAGGAUCAGUGAGUCUGUUGUUACGGAACUUGAUCCCUUUGAAAACUCAUUAACCCUGAACACUUAGAUUUGCAGCCCUCUGCUUGGCUGAAAGGACUCCUAGUGCACGGAGUCCAGUGGUUUAUUUGCUUGGAGUACUCCAAGGGAGUGAGCAGCAGUAAUUAUAGAACUAGACCUACAUCCCUUUCUCAUCCAGUCUCUUGUAAACAUAUUUUUAAAAUCUUCCUAUCUUCGAUUUCAUUUCCAGACUGGCAUACUUAACUUGGCAUUUUUCUUCUGUCUUCUCAGUCUGAGACCUGAUCUCCUCCUCGGUGCUCCCAUUUCCUUCUUUGCUCAUUGCGUCUCCUUGCUGUGGCUCUGCUCUUGCCCUGGAGAUCCGUGGCAGGGCUCCCACGAUGGUCGCAGGGAGCCCAGUGAGGUGGGGAGGGCUCUUGGCCUGCAGCUCAUCCCAGUUCCUGUGUGCACUGAGGGGCUGCCUCUCUUCAGCCUUUGACCCUGGGCAGCUCUGAUGGACCCACAGGAGAAGGCUGUGGCCUUCACCUGCCACCCUACCCUGUCCUCGUGCCUUGGAGUCUGCUGUGGAAAGCCCCUGUCACAAAGCCUCGUCCUGCUCCUGUUGCAGAGGUUUGUGUAGGAUACACAGCUGGGGAGUGAUCUGUUGAAGACUGGGGUUUGGUUUUGUGUUUCUCCCAAUGUAGAAUUCCAAAAGGAGAACUUAAAGUGUGCCCAAGAACUUUGAUUAUAAUGUGCUAUUACUGCAGAUCUCUGGCUGCUGUCCUGAGGCUGUUGGAUACACAUUCAAAAAAGGGUGAAAUGGUGGAACAAAAUGAUUAUGGGAAAAUCAAAGCUUUUAGAGACAUUUGUAGGAUGAACAGAUGUUCAAACAUUCUUUUAUUUGGUUUCCAGACAGACGUAGAGACUUUCCUUUCAUCCUCAUAAUCAGUGCAUUAUGCUGUAAUUUGUAAAAAUGGCAUUAAAAAAAUAUUAACAGGGUCACAUUGUGAUCUACUGACUCUGUGUCAUUAAGCCGUGAAGUUAAGAACAGCAACGGGGAACAUGGGUUAAAUGCUGCAGAAUGUACUGUACUAGCAUAUAUUGUCAGACUGUAUUAUAAUGAAUGGAAAUGGAAUAAAGAUGUAAGGAGAUUUUUUAA